UUUUUAGUUUGUUUUUUAAUAAUGGCACAACCUGACAAUAACCUAAUGAAUAUGAGUAUGACGCGGAGCAUUUAUAUUGGAAUAGAUAAAACUGCAGAAGUUCUCAAACGGAAGGAAGCAGCUGAAAAGGAGUUGUUGGCUCGACGCGAGGCAAAAAUGAAGGAACAAGCCGAACGUAUUGAGCGCGCCAGAAAUCAGAAGGAAGCCGAUCUUCGUGAGCGAAUUCGUGAACGUCAGCAGAGGGAAAUGGAGAGGCAAAAGGCUGCGUUGGACCGUCGCUGUGCUCAGUUGGACAAAUUGAAUGCUAAAAAGGAGGAAAUUUUGCAAAAGAAUCAUCAGAAAGCUUCACGCGUGGCAGCCAAUCGGCAACAAAACAAACCUGUAUUUGCUUUUGGCAGUUCGACACCGCGGGAAUUGUGUUUUUUGGAGAAGGGUGGUCAACAGAAACGAUCAAAUCAAGCCUUAUCUACGAAUUCGAGAGGAUCUGCUUCUCCCCAGCAGAACUUACGUAGUGAGCCACCAACUGCUCGUGUUCCUUCUCGGUUUACAACUUCUCAUUACCGAGGCGAAAAGCCUAUUCCGUCAUCGAAUACUAUGACUCGUAGUGUUUUUGGCUAUCUUACUAGCUCUACUUCUGCUAAUAAUAAUAAACAAGCAACAUCUCCACGACGUAAGCCUUCAGCGGUCAAGAAGCAAACAAGAUCGCCACUUAGUUCAACUACAAGCACUAAGAGUGCUCCACAACCUUUGAUGACUCAAUCACUUUAUUCUUCGAAACCUUUGCAAAAUGGGUCUCCAAAAUCUGCACCUUCUAAAGCAAAAACUCCUGAAGUUUCGAAAAAUAACACUGAUAUUGAUCCGCGUCAGCAACGUCGACCAGUCAUCCGCCGUAAGGUUGAAGACAAAGCAAAGGUUUUGAAAAGUCCAGUUGCCGGCACCUCUGCGACUAUAUCAACACAUUUUCAACAGCCAACAAUUGAUUUCAAUAUGACUAUGGAAAAAACUUUUGAAGAAGAUAUUGUUGUCCAGAAACAGAACGUUGUUCCUGCUUUUGAACCUGAUCAAUUGCCAAAGGAUAAUCUGGAUCUUGGAGUUAAUAAAAUGGGUUGUUCCAAUUCGAUUCCAAUUGAUGAGGUUAAAUCUCCAAAUCUUCAUGAUUCUAGUGAUGAGUUUAACAAAACUUACUUGGCUUCAAGUAGCGGUCCUUAUACGUCUUUACACGACCAAAUGGAAGAAGUUUUGGAGCACUCUCCAACUGAACAUCGUAAUCGCGAGAGUAUUAUGAGCGAUAAAACACUCAUUCUUUCUCGAGUUGAUAAGGAUGAUUCUUUGAAUAUUGUUGAUACAACGGAUGCUACUUUGGUUCCAUCAACUGAGGAGCAACGUCCACCAAGUUAUAAUCGAAUUUCACUAGAUGAAAGUGAAGUUAUUUCACCAAAACCAACGAUUCCACCAGUUCAAAUUCCUCCGAUCCUGGAGGAAAAGCGGAAUCAACGUCGUCAACAACUUAAUGAAAUUCUUCAGAAGAUUCGUCCAGAGAAUGGUGCAAGUCCACAAACACCAACAAUCCACCAUUCUAGUAGUAAUGGAUUGGCAAAAAAUGAUGAAUUUUUGCAAGAACGUCGUCGUGCGAUGAAUAAAUCUAUGCAGGAAACUAAUGGUGGGGAUGGACAGCCGCAACUUCCCGGACAAGUUUCUGCUACGAUCAUGGCGAAAAAUCCUCCGGUCAAUGCAGUUUUCCAUUCUGAAGAGAAGAACGAAACAAAUGGACAUAAUUCACAGCAUGACAACUAUAAAUCAAUUCGGACUCCUCCAGAGGAUCCACAUAUGAAUAAUGGACAUGGAAAUGAAGAAAUGCAUCCGCCUGAGCCUACGCUUAUUAAUUUUGGGUAAAUAUAUAAAAAAUAAAGAUGAGAGAGAAAAUGCUUCAUUUAUAUUAUAAAAAUAUAUUCUUUAAUUCUUUGAAAUUGUUUUUACUUUGAUUGACAACAAUUUUUGGGGGAGAAAAGUUUGGAGAGAAAAAAUUUUUUAUUAAAAAUAGGGGAAACAAAAAAUUAUUAAUUUUUAUAAGUGAACAGUUGUCAAUUAAAGUAUUUAUUUUUAUUCAAUCGUAAUCUCAUCAAAAAAAGCCUAGUAGUUUUAUCUUUUCUGGUUUUCUGAUAAUUAUAUUUUGACUGUUUACAAAUCGAGGAUCUAUAAAAUCUACCGACAUACUCUCUCUCUCUCUCCAACAUCCGUCCAUCCCCCUUUGCACUUAUUUUUAGCAGCUCAAUCUUUUCUAACUACUCUCUUCUCU